AAGAAGCAAGAGAAGCUAGAGAAGCAAGAAAAGCUAGAGAAGGAAGAGAAGCUGGAGGAGAAGAAGGAAGAGAAGCUGGAGGAGAAGAAGCAAGAGAAGCAGGAGAAGUUAGAGAAGCAGGAGAAGUUAGAGAAGCAGGAGAAGUUAGAGAAGCAGGAAAAGCACAGGAAACAUAAUUGA